AUGCGCUGCCCACGCACAGACUGCCUGUCCGAGCCUCUGUCCGGGCUAUUCCAGAGGCUGGGCUCCACAGUGGGCUCCUGCCCUUUUUACUUCUUUGUCAUCCCUCUGGUCGUCUCGGCAGCGCUCGGUGGAGGCUUCGUCUUCAUCCGGGACCGGGAAGACAACGACCUGGAGCGCCAGUUCACCCCGAAAAAUGGACCCUCGAAGGUGACCAGAGCCUUUUUGAGGGAGAACUUUCCCUACAACGACUCCAUGUUUUCUGCCGAGAGGCUGCUGGACAAGGGCAACUUCGCGUCCCUCAUCUUGGUGUCGACCUCCGACGCCAGCGUGCUGGACAGCCCGGCCUUUGACGACAUCGUCCGGCUGGACAACCAGAUCCGCAACAUCACGGUGGACGGCGUGGGGUUCCGCGAGCUGUGCGCCAAAGCCAACGGGGAGUGCGUCCCGAACGCCGUCCUGGACAUCGUGCGCUCCGCCAAAGCGGGGCGCGCCAACAUCACCUACCCGCAGCACGCGCACGCGUCCGGGACGGAGUUUUUGGGCUUCGCGCUCGGCGGAGUCGUGACAGAGGCCGACGGCACCGUCAGGAGCGCAAGGGCCGUGAGGCUGUGGUACUACCUGGAGGAGCAGGAGAGCACCGCGGAGGCCACCGUCAGCUGGCUGAGGGCCUUCAAAGCACAGCUGUCUGGGAAGGUGGACACCAAAAACAUAGAUGUGUCCUACUACACUUCCAAGUCCAAGCAGGAGGAGAUCGACAGCCACACCACAGACGGCUUCCCCCUGUUUGCCAUCACCUAUGCCUUCGCCAUCAGCUUCUCUGUGCUGUCCUGUUUCAGAUCGGACAACGUCAGGAACAAAGUGUGGGCGGCCAUCUUUGGCGUCUUGACCUCGGGACUGGCGGUCGUCUCCUCCUUUGGCUUGCUGCUUUACAUCGGGGUCCCGUUUGUUGUAACUGUGGCAAACUCUCCUUUCCUGAUACUCGGGAUCGGUCUGAACAACAUGUUCAUUAUGGUGUCCGACUGGCAGCACAGUCCUGUGACCGACCCGGUGUCCAAGCGGAUGGCGCACACCUACAAAGAGGCCGUCAUGUCCAUCACCAUCACGGCCCUGACAGAUGUCCUCAAGUUCUUCAUAGGCACCAUGUCCGAAUUCCCGUCGGUGCAGAGCUUUUGCUUCUACACGGCCACCUCCAUCAUCUUCAGCUACAUCUACACCAUCACCUUCUUCGGAGCCUUCAUGGCCCUGAACGGCAGGCGGGAGGCUGCCAACCGCCACUGGCUGACCUGCAUGAAGAUACCGAACCUCCAGUCGGAGAACCGGUCCGACUCGUACAACCUCUGCUGUGUGGGGGGCGGCUACGACAGGACCACCGGGGCUGAGAAGGAGCAAUGGCUGAGGCGCUUCUUCAGGGACCGCUACGGCCCAUUUCUGGUCAAACCCUGGACCAAAGGAGCUGUAAUCUUGCUGUAUGUGGCCUAUCUGUCUGGCAGCAUUUAUGGGUGUUUCCACGUCCAACAGGGGAUCGAGCUCUACGAUCUGGCGGCCGACAACUCCCACGUCACCGCCUUCGAUAUCAAGGACAGGCAGCAUUUCUCGGCUUACGGCCCAUCUGUUAUGGUGGUUGUGAAGGAGGAGUUCCCAUACUGGGACGACGUCAGGAGGUGCCAGUUGAAAGGAUGCAUACAGGACUUUAAAGGGCCCCAGUUUGUGGACAGGAAGAUCUUCACCUCCUGGCUGGAUUCCUACCUGGACUAUGGGCAGGAGAGGCAUCUGAACCUCAACGAUAAGGACGUCUUUCUUGCAAACCUGCCUCCCUUCUUCGAGUCGUUUCCCUUCUUCAAGCUGGACGUGAACCUCACCAGAGGGGUCAUCCACGCCUCCAGGUUUUUUAUCCAGACAGUCAACAUUUCUGGCGCCAAGGGGGAGAUCGCCAUGCUCAGGGGGCUGGAGUCCAUCGCCGAAAGGUGCAAGGCGGCGUCUCUGUCCUUCUACAACCAGGAGUUCAUCUUCUUCGAUCAGUACGACGUGGUGGUGAGCUCCACCAUUAAAAACGUGGGCGUCAUCACGGCCAUCAUGCUGUUCGUGUCCCUGCUGCUGAUCCCAAACCCGCUCUGCUGCCUGCUGGUGACCUGCUCCAUUGGCUCGGUGACUGUUGGGGUCACGGGCCUCAUGGCGCUCUGGAGGGUCAGCCUGGACUCCAUUUCCAUGAUCAUCUUCACCGUCUGCAUCGGCUUCACAGUGGACUUCUCAGCCCAUGUGUCCUAUGCUUUCGUCUCCAGCAAAAAGCCAAGCCGGGAAGACAAGGCCAUGGACGCCCUCUCCAGCCUGGGCCCUCCCAUCCUGCAGGGGGCCUUGUCCACCAUCGUGGGGGUGUCAGUGCUGUCUCUGUCCGAGUUUUACACCUUCAGGGCUUUCUUUAAGAUCUUUUUCCUGGUCAUGGUCGUCGGGAUGGUGCACGGUCUGGCUUUCAUCCCAGUGAUCCUGACGCUGUGCUCCUGCAGCAGCAAGUUAAAGGAGGCGACCGUGAAAAUAAGCAAACUCUGAUGGCUCAGUUUUUGGCCAAUUUUUCAACGUAAACCAAUAUUUGCUCUAAAAGCAAAUAAAAAUGAGUAUAAGCCUUUGCUUAAAGUAAACCUUGUCCAUUUUUUUACUGUUUGAGGAUGAAACUUGUACAGAGAUGUAUUUUUUUUAUUUAUUGUCGUUUCAUUUUGCUAUUUUAAUCUUUUAUAUCUCAAAUGAAUAGAUAUCAAUAUAAUUUAAGUUGUUUUAAUAAU